AUUUGUAGGUAUACCCGCAUGCAUACUGGUUAGAAACCAGGGAGGUUGCCGAGCGCAAGUCUUAUGCCUAAAUACCUGUACGGUUAACGAUUGACCUCGGUCGAAUGGGAAUGGCGUUCUAGUAGUAAACUUUGGUAGCAACACAAGACGGCGUUUGGUUUAUGCUCUGCAGUCACUCUGGCAAACGCAACUCUUGAUGGCACUGUAGCUAGUGGCCCGCUUGGGAACCUAAUGGCUUACAACCUAUAGCUAUUACCACUCCAUGGCAAGCCACACUUUCUGUCGUGCAAAGCCCCAGAAGCAGCGACCGUGUUCUGCAUCGGAGGCACUUACCAUUGUCCAGGAGCUGCUUGCCAACGGCAUAUCGAGCCUUCCUGACGACGUUCGCUCAAACCUUUAUAACGUAGAAACCGAACUUGAGGUACUUAAGGGAUUUUCGGAGGACUUGACAGGCGCCGCACGACAACAACCGGCGGCGACAUUGGGCACAGAAGCAGCGCAGCCCGCUGCUGUUGCGCAGCCUGCUAAUGUAGCGCAGCCUGCAGCGGCCGGAGUCGUAGAUAAGAAGGAACGGAGAAAGGACAAGAAGCAUAAGGACCGCGAAAAGAAGGGUACCUCGGACGCUGGCGCGAAGGAGCAUAAGAAGGAGAAGGAGCGGCCUGACAAGCGGAAAGCAGAGGGGAGCGCAUACGAAGACAAGGAGAAGCGGAAAUCGAAGAAGCAGAAGACGGCGUCAUGAGCUGCCCGCCUGGUGUGAGAGAGCGGGCGUUGGACGGGUAUGAGCUGGCGAACCUAGUGAUGCGGGUGGGCUCUGGUGCAGGGCGCUAGCUGGAUUGGGUUCCCUUGAUUCCUACGGGAUAUGCAGUGCUUACAGCUGUUUGAGCGCUAGCAGGUCGCUGACAGGCGGGGUUACAAUCCCACGCACCUUGGAAAACACAUCCGGCAAUGCAUGGGAAUAUCGCAAUUGCGGGAGCGAGUUACGUGUAGUGAGCCCGGCCGGUUCUCGGACGACGACGCGCGGUGAUGGCACAUGUUGACAAUACCCGUAGCAGCGUCAACCCGGUCGGGGUGGACCUUACCUGCUGUUACCUGGUACUUGACGAGGUCAGGCGGGGGAGUCGUCCCUGUGGUUGACCAAACUGACGUGGCUGACCAAGUUUACGCUUUGGCGUUGCGAAAACUGCUGCAAGGCUUUGCGCUGGGGCGCCCAGCUGCCCCGUCUGCUGCUGUGCUUGUAGGGGCUUGGUCGCUCAUGUCCAGACUGCGAUAGGGGUGUUAGCCGAUGUCUGGCCCAUAUUAGAUGGGCUUUGCUGUCGUGCCAGCUAGAAAGGAGUUGUGGAGGCGCAUGAGCAGAGUUCUCGUGCCGCUGCAUAUGCGGCGCAGACUUUGGCGAGAGAGGACUAUGGGCGGAGGGUCUGGCGUAGAAGGCGGUUUCGUAGCUUUGUAUCUGUAACGAUACGUGGCUGAAGCACCGGUAUGCGAACUGAGUGGCGGUGGUGUGUGCGAGGAGAGCGGGUUUCUGGUAGGCUUCUUCCGCUCUGUGGUGUUUAAGGCAAUUGAACGAUUGCUUGUGCGCAAAAGAAGUACGAGAUAAGAGUAAUAACACAUGUUAAGGAUGUACACGUGCCUGAAACGGAGUUAUGCCCUUGACAUGCAGCCCUGCGGUAGAAUCAAGCAGUACAAUGCUGCACAAUCGUACGGCAAACUAGAGGCAAAACAAAUAUGAACAGGAAAAAUGGCGAAC